GUAAUAUUUUGUUGUCCAGCAAAAGUUAUUUAGAAUGUCUCUUGAUAUAAGUUAUUAUGGAAAGCGACCAAGCCGAACAUGACAAGAACGGAUUGGUGGCCGACACGUUCUGGAAGACUCCGCAGCGAGCGGUUCCGGGCAGACCGUGUCAGAGGGUCGAGCGAGGCGAGGUUAUGUCGGGGUCAUCGUAUCAGCAAUUCCAGGCGUCCGUGAACGACGCCUGGGACCUGGGGGACGACGACAUCAUCUCCGGCAUAGCGGAGACGAAGAUAUCAAAGGCCAUAUCGCAGACAGCAGCUUUAAAUGUUAUUAAUUCACAUCGCAAUAGUACUAAGAACGUAAACAAAAAUGACGUCAAAGUCGAUAGUGAGAGUGUUACAGUUAAACCUAGGGAGGAGGCGUUGGCUGUGAGAAAGAAUGAAGUACGUAAAAUCGGUAGUGCUCCCGGGAAUUCGGGUCUUAUGCGUCACUAUCCGGGCCGACCGCGUCCUGUGAGACUGUCGGCGCUCACCUCCCGGGAAGAGAGUAGUGAAUCCAAACUCGAGAGGUUUCAGCAAGUUCUCGAGAGUUCCGUUUUGGACUUGAACGAGUUGAAGCAGCUCAGCUGGUCUGGAAUACCAACUAAGGCCAGAGCAGUAACGUGGCGACUAUUGGCGGGCUAUCUGCCAGCCAACGCGGAGAGAAGAGCGGAGACCCUGGAAAGAAAGAGAGCAGAUUACAAGCAUCUGGUGCGACAGUACUACGAUGCAGAACGAGAGGAAGACACAUACAGACAGAUACACAUCGAUAUACCGAGAAUGAGCCCACUCGUGGCUUUGUUCCAACAAAUAACCGUACAGGUUAUGUUCGAACGCAUCCUAUAUAUAUGGGCAAUACGGCACCCGGCGUCCGGCUACGUCCAGGGCAUCAAUGACCUGGUGACUCCAUUCUUCAUGGUGUUCCUCCAAGAAGCGGCUCCGGGUAAGGAGCUGGAUAAUUUCCCACUGGACAGUUUGACUGAACAGCAACGGGACAUCAUCGAAGCGGAUUCCUUUUGGUGUCUCUCAAAGUUCCUCGAUAGCAUUCAGGAUAAUUACAUAUUUGCACAGCUCGGAAUACAAUAUAAGGUGAAUCAGCUCAAAGAACUAAUAAGACGAAUCGACCUACCACUACACGAACACUUACAAAAGCACGGAGUCGACUACCUCCAGUUCUCAUUCCGAUGGAUGAAUAACCUACUAACAAGAGAGAUACCCCUGCCCUGCACCAUACGCUUGUGGGACACCUACCUAGCAGAAUCGGACGGAUUCGCGAUCUUCCAACUGUAUGUAUGCGCUGCAUUCCUACUCCACUGGAGGGAGAGAUUGAUAUUAGAAAAGGACUUCCAAGGCCUCAUGAUAUUGCUCCAAAACGUUCCGACGCAGAACUGGACAGAUUCGAACAUAAGUGUGUUAGUCGCUGAAGCGUACAGGUUGAAAUUCGCGUUCGCGGACGCUCCGAACCACUUGCACAACGCGGGCAAGUCGGACAGAUGACCUGGGUUGAAACGGUAACUGGAAUUCUUCGAACCGAACGGAACCAAUUGAAAUCACCUCGUCGAUUGAUUGGAUAAUAUUCGAUAUAAAUCUAAAGGCAAGGAGUGAUGUGUAUCAUCUAGAAAAACAUGCCUAAUGACGUCACUGUAACCCAAAAUGGCGGAUGUGAUGUGUAUUACGCGUUGUUUGUGCAACAUUUUGAAGUUUCGUGUGUAUACAUCGCGCGACAAAUUGAACUUUAAAAAAUAAAAUAUUGAAAAUUUCAAUUGGAAACAUGUUUAAUAA